GUAUAGUGCUAGUGCUAUCAGGGAAGCGUACGAGCGUUAAACAACCAUCAUCACUAACAAGAAAAAAAAUUAUGGAAAAUUCGUCAAGCUCGUUCGGUGCUCAGAUAGUAAAUCAAACGAUUUCAAGUGUCCUUGUGGAAUGGGAUCCAGUAGCAGAUGCUGACGUGUACAAAGUCGAACAACAUCAUAAACCCGAUAUUUGGAGGAGAGUUUACUGGGGUUCGAAACCAUCGGCCAAAGUUGACCAUUUGGAUGAAAACUUUUGCUACAAGUUUCGUAUUACAGCACUGAAAUUCCAAUCGGAGGAAGAAAGAUAUACUACCCUGGCGACAUCGGAUACAAUCAGGGCUACAACACUCCCAUCGCUGCCAUCAACAAUUCAACUUUAUCGUGCAAUUAGGAAAGGACAACAAUUUUUAGUGAAACGACUGAUCAAUAGUCGAAGAAACCUAGUGGACAUCCCUUCUCCAAAUGGCUACUAUCCUUUGGCAAACGCAAUCAUUUUCGGUGAAAUAGACAUAAUCGAUAUUCUGCUCAGUGCUGGUGCCAGUGUCCACACUGGAAACAGAAUAAAUGGAGCUACUCCCCUACAUCUCGCUUUCUACUAUGGACAUAUUACAGUUUCUAAAGUGCUAAUGAAUAAAAACGCGAAAUUAAGCGCGGUGGAUUGCAUAAAAUUAACUCCAGCACACUAUGCAGUUAUCGCAGAACAACAGGAUAUUCUGAAGUUUGCCAUUGAAAAUAAAUGCGAUAUGGAGGCAAAGGAUAUUUGUGGAUGGACUUUGCUUCUUAGAGCCGUGUCAAUGGGUUGCAGUUUGCCUAUCAUAAAACUUCUGGUGAGUAGUGGAGCCAACAAAGGUGCCGUCGAUAAAUGUGGACUGACUUGUCUAGAAAUCGCAGAAGCAAUGAAAAAUGAAGAAAUUGUAAAUUAUUUCCGUAUGAAAUAAUAAUCCUUUUUUGAAUACAAUUGCAUUAAUAAAUGAAUAAUGAAAAUAA